AUGUCUACUCCAUCUCCAGUAGAUGCCCCAGAGCACAUCCUCCAGCUUCUCUCCAAGCUCCACCGCAUCUCGCUCGAACAAGAAGCCGCAAUCUCCAAGAAGAAUGGCAAGGUAAUCUCCACAGACGUCCAAGACGAGCUCAACAACAAGAAUGAUGGCUCCGAGCCCCGAAGCGCCUUUGACCAGCUCAUGCUCGAUAAAUUCAUCGCACUAGAUGAAGACAAGUGCCAAUUCAUGUACCAGCUCAUAACGGCGAUGGGCGCAACCAACGUCAUUGAAGCAGGCACCAGCUUCGGCGUCAGCACCAUCUAUCUCGCGCUUGCGGUUUCCAGGACCAAGGCCGCAACCGGCAAGUCGGGAGUCGUGAUCGCGACAGAGAAGGAGGCGCAGAAGGCCGAGGUUGCGCGCAAGUACUGGGCUGAGUGUGGGGAUAUGGUGAGUCGCGAGAUUGACCUGCGCGAGGGUGAUUUGCUCGAGACUCUUAAGACAGGGUUACCGCAGCAGGUUGAUCUUCUUCUACUCGACAUCUGGUGUCCACUUGCUCUGCCGACGGUGAAGAUAGUCCAGCCUCACCUUCGACCUGGCGCAGUUAUACUCGCCGAUAACACCAUCUCUGGUGCUGAGGGCUAUGCAGAUCUGCUGGCUUAUUUGAGGAAUCCUGAGAAUGGCUUCCGGAAUACAACCCUUCCUUUUACCAAUGGGUUUGAAAUGAGUGUAUACCAGCCGGCCAAGUAG